AUGGUCGAUCGACCCGACGAGAUAGAUGGCAAGCUCACGGCACAACUAGCCCAAGGACGCGGACGCCAGAAGGUGAAGAGUCGUGACUUGAGGAAUUCCCCUUACGCCAACGACUUCGAAGUCUUUGGCUCUACCAGCGUCACGUCUUCAGGAAAGACGAACCAGCUUCCUGCCAGCAACUCGGUCGUUCCCACAGACCAACAGCAAGACCGCGAACCCGAGGACUCGCAAGAUUCAUCUGUCCCCAUCCGCUAUGAUCGCUUCUCCACCCCGGACGAUGGCUCUCAUCCAGACUCCCACCUACCUCGGUCCCAGCCUUACCGUCGCCAAUAUGUAGGCGCAAGAGAACAUAGCCGCGACGACUUCAAAGAGAUCCUCCGCGCCAGCAUCCCCUACACGACCGCCUCCUCCGAGUUCAUCUACGGCUCCUCUGCCGUCAACGCUGCCAUCCGGGCUCGACGCCGGAAAUGCUACAAGCUCUAUGUCCACCGCUCGCGGCACGAAGCAGAGGACCCAGGCUCUGCCAUGCUGCGCCGUGCCAAAGCCGCAGGAAUACCAGUUGUAUCCACUUCCGGCCCCGACUGGAAAGCCGCUUUCGACCGCAUGACCCAGAAACGACCACACAACGGCUUCCUCCUUGAAGUCAGCCCAAUUCCCGUGCUGCCUGUUGAUGCCCUAGAUCAAGUCUCCGCACCCGGCGAGACCGUCUCCGCGCAAGUCGGCCGCCUGACCCCCGAAGACGCAGCCAUCAUCUCGGCCUUCAAUGUUCAGCACUCCACCGCGAGACUCCCGAUGCGCAGCAAGCAACAGCAACAAGACCGAUACCCCAUACUUCUCUUCCUCGACCGUGUCACCGACCUUGGCAACCUCGGUGCCAUUAUCCGCUCCGCUUACUACUUCGGCGUCAACGCAUCAUCCUUUUGGACCACGGUACUGCGCCCUUGA